GCGGACGCCGCGGCGCGAUGCGGCAACCGGCGGUUCGGCUGGUGCGGCUGAGUCGGGUGCCGUACGCCGAGCUGCUGGCGCUGCAGGAGCGCUGGUUGCGGCGGCUGCAGGCCGAGCCAGGCACGGAGGCCUUGUCGGGGACUGAGGCGGGCGCCCUCCUGCUCUGCGAGCCCGCGGGGCCCGUGUACACAGCCGGGCUGCGCGGCGGCCUGACGCCCGAGGAGGCGGCGCGGCUGCGGGCCUUGGGUGCCGAGGUGCGCGCCACAGGCCGCGGCGGCCUGGCCACCUUCCACGGCCCGGGCCAGCUCCUCUGCCACCCGGUGCUCGACCUGCGACGCCUCGGCCUGCGCUUGCGCACCCACGUGGCGGCGCUGGAAGCGUGCGCUGUGCGCCUGUGCGAGCUCCAGGGCCUGCCGGGCGCCUGCGCGCGGCCCCCACCCUACACCGGCGUCUGGCUGGGAGAGCGCAAGGUCUGCGCGAUCGGAGUCCGCUGUGGAAGGCACAUCACGUCCCACGGCCUGGCUCUGAACUGUUCUACGGACCUCACGUGGUUUGAGCACAUUGUGCCCUGCGGGCUGGUUGGGACAGGCGUUACUUCCUUGAGUCAGGAGCUCCAGAGGCACGUCACUGUGGAUGAAGUAAUACCACUUUUCUUUGAGGCCUUUAAGGAGACCUACAAGUGCACGCUGAUCUGAGAGGACAGCCCCAACUGAAGGACGUUCAUGUUAUCACAGCUGAGGGGUCCUGCCUUGGAGUCACUGAAACCCAGAUUCUAGACCUGGCCCUAUCAUUCACUCAUGCGACUAUGAGCAAAUCAUGAGCUCUCAGCCAUUGUUUCCAUAUGUAUCCUGAUUUAUUUAUAUCUUCCCCACCUCAGAUAUAGUAGAUGUGAAAACAUUACGAAAAGCAACACAUGCUCUAUAAAUAAAUGUAA